CCGAUCCCGGCCGGCAUGAUGUGCCUGGAAUGCGCCUCGGCGGCGGCGGGCGGCGCGGAGGAGGAGGAGGCGGACGCGGAGCGGCGGCGCCGGCGCCGGGGGGCGCAGCGAGGGGCUGGCGGGGGCGGUUGCUGCGGGGCGCGGGGCGCGGGCGGCGCUGGAGGAGUCGUGCCCGCCGACGAUGAGGUGCAGACCCUGUCGGGCAGCGUGAGGCGGGCCCCGUCCGGACCUCCCAGCACCCCCGGCACCCCCAGCUGCGCAGCCGCCUCCAAGGGCCCCGGCGCACAGCAACCCAAGCCGGCCAGUCUGGGCCGCGGUCGGGGGGCAGCAGCCGCCAUCCUCAGCUUGGGCAACGUGCUCAACUACCUGGACAGGUACACCGUGGCAGGGGUCCUCCUGGACAUCCAACAGCACUUUGGGGUCAAGGACAGAGGCGCCGGCUUGCUGCAGUCAGUGUUCAUCUGCAGCUUCAUGGUGGCCGCCCCCAUCUUCGGCUACCUGGGCGACCGCUUCAACAGGAAGGUGAUCCUCAGCUGUGGCAUCUUCUUCUGGUCGGCCGUCACCUUCUGCAGCUCCUUCAUCCCCCAGCAGUACUUCUGGCUGCUGGUGCUGUCCCGGGGGCUGGUGGGCAUCGGCGAGGCCAGCUACUCCACCAUCGCGCCCACCAUCAUCGGCGACCUGUUCACCAAGAACACGCGUACACUCAUGCUGUCCGUCUUCUACUUCGCCAUCCCGCUGGGCAGCGGCCUGGGCUACAUCACCGGCUCCAGUGUGAAGCAGGCGGCUGGGGACUGGCACUGGGCCUUACGGGUGUCCCCGGUCCUGGGCAUGAUCACAGGAACGCUUAUCCUCGUGCUGGUCCCAGCCACUAAGAGAGGCCACGCCGACCAGCUCGGAGGGCAGCUCAAAGCCCGGACCUCGUGGCUCCGAGACAUGAGGGCCCUGAUGCGAAACCGCAGCUACGUCUUCUCCUCCCUGGCCACGUCGGCCGUAUCCUUCGCCACGGGCGCCCUGGGCAUGUGGAUCCCGCUCUACCUGCACCGCGCCCAAGUGGUGCAGAAGACGGCAGAGACCUGCAGCAGCGCCCCCUGCGGGGCCAAGGACAGCCUCAUCUUUGGGGCCAUCACCUGCUUCACGGGCUUUCUGGGCGUGGUCACGGGCGCAGGAGCCACGCGCUGGUGCCGCCUGCGAACCCAGCGGGCCGACCCUCUGGUGUGCGCCGUGGGCAUGCUGGGCUCAGCCAUCUUCAUCUGCCUGAUCUUCGUGGCUGCCAAGAGCAGCAUCGUGGGUGCCUAUAUCUGUAUCUUUGUCGGGGAGACACUGCUGUUCUCUAACUGGGCCAUCACGGCGGACAUCCUCAUGUACGUGGUCAUCCCUACACGGCGGGCCACGGCUGUGGCCCUGCAGAGCUUCACCUCGCACCUGCUGGGGGACGCGGGCAGCCCCUACCUCAUUGGCUUUAUCUCGGACGUGAUCCGCCAGAGCACCAAGGACUCGCCGCUCUGGGAGUUCCUGAGCCUGGGCUACGCGCUCAUGCUCUGCCCCUUCGUGGUGGUUCUGGGGGGCAUGUUCUUCCUCGCCACCGCGCUCUCCUUCCUCAGCGACCGCGCCAAGGCCGAGCAGCAGGCGAACCAGCUGGUGAUGCCGCCCGCAUCCGUGAAAGUCUGAGACGGUGCUGCUGGGACCAUGAAGACUCCACCCUCCUCCCUGGCCUGGGAGGUGUCCUCCAGCAUCCUGGACCUGCUAGGCUAUCCUCAAGCCUCCUGUAUGACCCAUGGCUGGGUCCCCACCCUCUCUGGGCGGGGACUGCUGAGUGGCCCUGGCUCCAGGAGGCCGUGCCCUCUGUUAACCAGGAAGGCUUUGUGUGCUGGAGCCACGCGGCUGAGCAGACUCCUGGUUUUGGGCCACAGGGGCCCUGGAGCCAAAGAAGACUGCCUCGAGUGGGAUCUCCAGCAGAGCCUGGCCCGCUGCCGGCCUAUGUGACCUUGGGCAAGUCCCUGCCCUCCCGGGGCCGCGGGGUCAGGGGGCUGGACUUUCCCACGCAGCCUGCCUGCCAAGGCGCACUCUGCCGCUGGGAAGAGCCACCGGAGUCUACAGCACCCGCAGGAGGGACGGCCCCGACUUCAGGGCGACAGUUCAGGUGCUGAGGCCCCCGAGGGGACACUGGACUCCACCUGGCAAAUGGAGCUGGCCACUUGUCCCAGCUGCACACAUCUGUGCCCCAGGUGAGACCUCUGGGUUCCUUACUCGCCUCUGUGCAUAGGGCUGUGGCCCUUAGAGCACUGUCCACCCCAUCCCUGAACCCACUGCUUUCCCCCAGGCUGGGCCUGCGCCAAGGGCAGGGCCCAGGGGACCAUUCCCAGAAUCUAUGGGGCAGGGGCCAGAACUCUGGCUGCGUGGCAGGAAGCAGCUAUCGGCCCGGCUUCCUCCCUGAGAACAAGCUUCUUGGAGGGCCCCGAACACCAGCUGCUGUAGCUCAUGCACAUGGCCACACUCGACAGCUUCCCCAGGCCUUCACCCCACUCCCAUCUGCACCCAGACCCUUAUCCUCAUAGCCACGCCAGGGUGCAGCUGCCAGGUUCACACCAGCCCCCCCCCCCCCCUGCACUCAAGGUGCUUCUGGUGGAGGGGCGCCCUUGCAGCCAGGAGUCCCCACCAGCUGCCAUGGACAAUGCUCUCUGCCCCUUAGCACCCAGCCGGCUGUGACUUCAGUGGUGUGCAAGCUAGUGCUCCGUCCCCACCCUGCCGAGCUCUGGGGCACCCUGGGGGCCUGACCCUCCCCCCAAGACCACCCUGGCUCCCACCUCUGCCUUGGCCGGGGCCCCAGCGAUGUUUUCUUGUUGUACAAGAACCAGGUCCAAGUGUUGCCUCCUCUUCCUUCCGG